UCAUCUUCAACAAGUGAUGCCCUACAAAGUCCACUCGGUGUUUACCUUCUUCCGCAUUGCACGAGAAAGGGAAAAGAAAAACAUUCAGUCUCAAAAACCAUCAGUAACAUAAUGCUAUAGUAAUACAACAACCGGGAAAUAAGCGUCUUUGUGAUUUAUAAUCAAAAAAUUUCAACAGAUUCGCUGUUUCCUCUGCGAAGGUGUAUGUUUUGUUGUUGGCCAGUUCCUGCUUCUGAAUUAACGCAGAACUAUUACAGAGCAUUCAGAAGCUACGUGACUUCAAAUUGAAUGGAAUGACUUGAACAUGUCAUAUGAGUGCAUAUAUUCACGAAUGAUCGCCCAUUCUUGUCUGAACAAUGGCAGAAAAUGGAGUAGAGCUUGUGGACCGAGGAUUCGCGAAUCUCGCCAAAGCGUUUGAGGUCCUCUCCCAAGCUGGGCAGGAGCGAUGGGUUAGCCUCACCUUCAAAAUGGGUCGUGAACGGCCCGAGAACGGCCACAAACAGCCCGAGGAGCUGGUAUACGCCAUCUGCUUGUUUUUCCUGAAGCGGUACAGCGACGCACAUGCUAAGCUAACAGCUAACGCCGACAGCAGCAUUGGAAACUACUUGGCUGAAAUGCUCAAAAUGCACGGACAACGUUUGAACGGCGGCCAUGUUGCCGGUUUUAAGGCAACAGAUGCUAAAACGUUACUGGAUAUCGCAAGAAUUUUCGCUAUUUUGGUGCAGGAGAGAUUGUGCGACGAGUCGCUACGAGAUCAAGCGUACCGCGCGGCUCUUGUGUCGAGCAGAACGGCUGGUUUGAGUUCUUUAGACAUCGAGGAGGAAGUAAAGCAAGUCUGCGGUCCUGAUGCUAUCGACAAAUCCGACACCGAACUUACUACUUCCCAACUGACGUCCACAGAAGUAUCUAAUCGAAACGGUAGCCAUUUGUUGACUCAGCAAUUAAGUUCGGGCUGCAGUUCAUCGUAUAGUCUCGAAAUUAGCUCACCGACUGCUUCAGAAUCCAAUAUGUCCAAUAAACCGUCGAGUUUGCGCACGCCAACAAAUAGCGAAAGUACAACCAAUCAAGACCAACUUCGCCAACCAACUACGAAUAUUCACACAAACAACCAACUACAGACAGCAGAAGCCAAUCACGCGACAAAUUCAACACAGUGUGUUAACCAAACCGGAAGCUCCCAACUUGUGACAUCCCAAAACCCGAAUAUUGGAUUUUCGUCCGGACUAAACGCUGCUAAUGCUAACGAUUGCAAAGCACCAAUUCAAGCUAACAGUUUUUUCUCUCCAGAAGCGAGCCAAAGCGACACAGAAGAAACAUUUUACGCCUUUGUGAUCCUCCACGAAGCUGAAGACGCGGAUGAGGCGCAAAGACUACGAGACAGACUCGAACUCAUAACCUCUGCGUCUGGUGCGACGUUUUCCGACGACUUCGCCCAACCGGGAAGGUCGAGGUUAGGAUGUCUUGAAGACGCCAUCGAGAACUCUGCGUUUACCCUGCUGCUGCUCACGCAGAACUUCAAAUCCAACUUCAGCGCGACCACCGCCGAUUCAGCGAUAAUGAAUUCGCUGCUAAAGCAUCACAAAUUGAACUCUGUUAUUCCGCUGCUACCUCGCAAGAACCGUUUGUCGCGCGAAAGGAUUCCGUUGGUGCUCAAGACGAAGUUCUCUCUCGACGAAAGCAACAAGAUGUUCGAACGCACCUCCAGGGCCAUCACCCCGGACAACGUGGAAAAGCAAAGGAAGGUUUGGCUAAUCGACCAGCAUAAGAAGAAACUACAAGAGGAACAAAAGAGAUUGAUCGAGGAGAACAUCAGAAAUGCGGAACUACAACAAGCGAAAUUAGCGCUACUGAAACUAGAAAGCGAAAUGCGGCAGAAUAGCACGUUUUAUGCACCUUCUGCACCAACUCCGUUGAAUGGAGCAAUGUUUCAGCAACAUGCCUCAUGGCAGCCGCAAUCGUCCUGCAUCCACAUUGAGAACGCGCAGAAUGUUAUGAUCGGGAAUAACUCGAAUAUGAAUAUUGAUCAUGUUAAAAACUCAGCUGAUGAGUGACUUUUAAAUCAGCUGCAGUUUAAAGGGAUUUUGUUCCAACUAAAGUGAGAAAUCUCAUUUGUCUCUGUGUCGGAAUUCUUGCUUUAGCCAAUCAGAACACUCUCUUCCUAUCAGUCGUUUUGCAUGCUCACAUCCGGUUGGCUGAUAUGUUUUUGGGGGCGGGGUUCGGAUAAGGCCUGUUGUUGAAGUUUGCAAAAUAAACACACUUAAUUGUAUUAAUUCAUAAUUAGGGCUAUUUGCAUUUCACAUGUUGGUUCAUGGUACUAGGUUAUUGUUUUUGAAUUAUUAUCGGAGUCUAAGCUUUUACAAUUUGUAUGUUGCUAAUCACAGAAAAGAUUUGCUUUUAAAACUUUAAUGUCGACACACACAAAAAAAUGAACUGAAAACAAAAAUGUCUGGAGUGUUACUGUGUGGUAAAGACAUGUUUUAAUUAAAAUCAUUAAUACCAUAUGACUGUUGUAUUAUUUACUUUAUGUUUUCUCAUGACAAACUAUGAUAAACUAUUCUGUAUAUCUGUG